UGGCUAAAGAUGAUAUAUAAAUAACAUAUCCUAAAUUUAACAUAAAAUUGUGUUGAAAAAGUUGAAUUUAGGUUAUCUGUAAACCACCAUUUAAAACAGCUAUAUAAUUUAAUAAGUUGAAAAUAAAGACAUCAAGUCGUAAACUUCGACUUUGUUAAGGCUAAUUUACACUAAAACUAAAACUGAAACUAAGUACUAACCCUUACUUUAUAAUGAGCAGGUUUGUUGAUAUUUAAAUGACCUUGAAGUAAGAAAAGCUAGCAAUAAGAUAAAUGAAUGCAAUUUUUAAUGCAUAAUUUUAGGUGAUUGCAGUACAGCACAUCUAAAUAUUGCCGGUAUGAAUUAACAGAUGCACAUAAUAUUGAUUUAACUUGCAACAAAUAUUGUAAAUCCAGCAAGAUACUCCCAUACUUAAAGCUCAUUAAAAUGUAGACAAAUGGAUCUUUGAUUUGUCUAAUGGUGCCUAUUUUCCCUAACUGGCAACAAGGGCAUGUCAUUUAUCGCAAGGCAUUUGAGCCUUUUGAAACUAAUGCAUAUGGCCUCUGUAGGGCCGGAGACAGGGUGGGAAUCGCAGGCUCAAGUAUCAACCCACAUCUUCCACCCAACCCUCUCAUACUGUAUUCCCAAAUGGUGCCCUUGUGUACACAGAAACAGUGAUAGACAGGUCAAAUGGGGACUGUAAGUGAAUAAGCUAAUAUCUGCGCAAACAUAUGACUUUAUUGGUUUCUUAUGGUGCAGCUAUUUGUUUUGACAUUUGAACAUACCCCUCAACAUAAAGUUUUAAACUGCAUGGUCUAUAAUAGAGACACCAAUAAGGGCCCCUUAUAUGGCUUGUUUAGGUGUAGUGAGCCGUAUCUUGAUGGUCACAAUAAUUGUUGCAAAAUGCGAUUCUGUGGCCAGUUGCAUAAACAUAAGGUUAAGACAUGUUUUAAGAACUACUACUAGUCUGACCAGCAAUCAGUUAGGGAUAAUUAGUCGUACUAUUUGGAUUUAAAUGAGACCAAUCUACCUUUAUAAGUAACAUAAUAAAAACAGUUAUGAUCAGUCUUAAAGAAAAGAAUACGCAACUUACUUUUUAAGACUAGAAGUUUAUGCAAUCGGUCACUGGUCAUAUGUUGGUCAUGAGCACAGUCAGACUUUUUCACUACCCCACUGACCUGAAAAAGAUGCAGGUGUGUUUUAAAAGGUUAAGUUUAGUUUACAAAUUGUCAUUGGUCCAUUGGGAGACAUCAUAUAUCCCAAUCUGAGAUAAAUAUCGUAACUGGGUGUCUGUAAUCUCUUUAGAUCUAAAACUCACCAGAGCUGGAUUUCCCGCCAUGACUUUGUUUCACGGGCCAACGUCUCAUUUGCUUUGAUUUAACUUCCCUUUAAGCUUCAGCCAAGAUGGAGCAGUUACACAGAAUUCGGGUCUCGUUUCCGUAGGCGUUUCAGUCCUUUCGAAUUUUUAACAGUUAUACUGGUAGGACGUGGACUGUGUGUAAAAUACAUUGUUUCUGGUCAAGUGUAAGUGUUUGAUAAAAAAGGUUUGAAGGCGUGUUAGAUAGGCAACCAUUUAACCUCCCGGUGUUACUGUUUUCCCGUUGAGACUGUUGAGAAAUCCCCCCAGAAGUCUUGGAUUCUUCUUUGAUGCUUGGGAAAAUCUUGACUUUAUCAACCUUCUGUUUAAUAAUGUUUGUUGCUCUUGAUAAUGCCGACACUGUCAAUCAUGCAUUUUUAAAAAUAUUUUUCUGUAUAUGACUUUCUUUUCAGCUAGUGGUGCUAACACUGGCAAACAUCAAUUUUACUACACAAACAUUGAGUAUUAGGAUUUAAGUUUUUAACCUUAGCAUGUAACUCAGCCUGCAUUAUGUGUGUCAGUACUAACAUGAAUAAUGUCACUAAUAAUGAAGAGAUGUAGUGUUACUUUUCUUAGUGUCUGGACUACCCAAGUUACUACCCAAUCUACAAGUAAAGGCCAGAUUAAGACGUGACCUCAAGCAAAACACCAUACAGCAACUGCAUACAGCAGGAACCUCCUGGCACCAUGCAGACUUUUGUAUGCAGUGUUCACUUUCUUUAUAAAAUGUAAAAAGUUAAUUUAUCUCCAUUCAUUUAUGCUCAUAUAAAAUUUACUUUAGGUUCUGAGAUAAAUCUAAUGAAUACACGAAAAAAGAAUGAACAAAAUGUAUGCACAGGUAUGCUCUACUAUGAGUAACUGGCCUUGUUGAUGUCGCACCAGGAAUACUGAUGCAUGAGAAUCAGGCGGAUUGAUGUGUUACUUUCUAAAGCCACCACAUUAUGUUCUCCUCGGGUAUCAAGUCCUCAAACCCAUGCCAAGUGUACCUCACCUGCCCAUUGAGCAACAAACCCUGUCUCUGAUUGGUUGGAUUUAGGGGGACGGAGAGGAACAGGUUGUUAAAAGGUACUGAUCAGGACACAGCUUUCUCCCAGAUAAGGUAAAGACGCCAUUCACGUUCAGUCACCAGGUACGUAUUGGGUGGAAUUGAUCUGCUUUAAAAAUGUAUUCUGUCCUUAUACUGUGCAAAAAGGUAAAGUGCUGUUUAUUUUCUGCUAGGGCAUUUUAAAAGUGGUUAAAAUCAUUACCGAUGGUCGGGGUUACUGAUUUGAAUGCCUGGCGCUACAUAUAAAUCUUUAGUUUCUGCUUUGGACAUUAUUGAUACCUAGAAUCAUUGCAGUAUCAUUCUGUGUGUCUUGUUGAGAAGUGGUGAGAGUUCCUGUAUGAUACAAUGGAUAAUGGGAUAAAAGCCAUAUUGAGGAGUCUAGUAUCAUCUUUUUCAUGGGCAUUUACUUUUAAAUAAAUUAGUUUUUUUUUGGUGGUGUCAGUAUCUUCGGCUGCUGUUUGCGUGCAGCUACAAUGCCCAGUAUUCUCCACCUUGUCGUCCUGGUGAUAACCUUGCUGGUGGUAAAAACAGGGACUCAAGCGUCGAUACCCAAGACCACACAGUGGCCACGGCUGAAACCGACUAAAAAGCCCCCGCCUGGGGAUGAAGCGGAUCCUCCGCAUGCACCCACCCACUUUGGUAUGCGUCAGAUCACCACCAUGACCAGCCCCACCAUGAGUGGUAUCACAGAAGAAAUCACAGAUUCGUUGAUGGAUGUGUACUCCAUUUCAACUACCGACAGCACCACCUUCUCUAGUGAUACAUAUUCUGCCGAUUAUCACACUGAGGCCAAGGUUCCUCCCGGUGUGGGUCCUGGGAACUACACAUUGGACUAUAAUGAGUGCUUUUUUAAUUUCUGUGAGUGUUGUCCGCCAGAGAGAGGACCACCAGGACCGGUGGGUGAAAAAGGGUCACCAGGUAUACAAGGGCAGAAAGGGGAUAUUGGACCUUCUGGACUUCCGGGUCUAGAUGGACUCACCGGGGCUCCUGGGCCACAUGGAGGAAAAGGGGAAAAGGGUGAUCCUGGUGUGAGUGGGUUGCCUGGGAUUCCUGGUGUUACUGGGAAACAAGGAGAGAAAGGUGAAAUGGGCCUCAAAGGAGAAAGGGGAGAUACGGGUUUACCCGGAAUGAAAGGAGAUGCCGGUGACCAGGGAGAGCCUGGCUGGAAUGGAACCAGUGGUGAGGUGGGUGAACCUGGCCCUCCCGGCCCAAGUGGUCCCCCUGGACCAGAUGGCAUUAAAGGGGAGAAAGGUGACAAAGGUGACUGUCCAUUUGGAGAAAAAGGGCAGAAAGGGAGUAUGGGUGAGACAGGGCCUCCAGGGCCCAAAGGAGACAUGGGCAUACCAGGUGUGAAUGGCAUAGAUGGGUUUCCUGGACCCAAGGGGCCAAAUGGAGACCCAGGACCCCCAGGUAAACACGGAGAACCUGGACAACCAGGACCUCAAGGACCACCAGGGCAAAGGGGGAUGCCAGGGAUGAAAGGCAUGAGAGGGCUAAAGGGACUACGGGGUAUUAGGGGAUUAAAGGGCCUUCCGGGUGAACCUGCCAUUCAGAAGCGCUCAGCCUUCAGCGUAGGUCUUUUUCCUAGCCGGUCGUUUCCGCCACCUGGCCUGCCUAUUAGGUUCGAUAAACUUAUUUACAAUGAGGAGGGUCACUGGGACCCUAACAUCAGUAAGUUUAACUGCACUCAUGGAGGUGUGUACGUAUUUUCCUAUUACAUAACCGUGCGUAGUCGUCCCCUACGCGCAGCUCUGGUCGUGAACGGCAUACGGAAACUGCGAACCCGCGACUCUCUGUACGGCCAGGACAUCGACCAGGCCUCCAAUAUGGCCGUUCUCCGUCUCUCAUCUGGUGACCAGGUAUGGCUGGAAACUCUGCGGGAUUGGAACGGUGUUUAUUCCAGCAAUGAGGAUGACAGUACAUUUUCCGGAUUCCUGCUGUAUGCUGAUGCAACGAAGGACUGAUCGCCAGGAAUCGCACUGACAUCUGGAUGAACUGUUUUGUUUCCAAAGGGGAUAUGGAGGCCAACUAUAUUACCCAAAAUACUUGAGGCCUGAACUUAGACUAAUUUUUUAUACAUCCAGUUAGAUGUUAGAUUUUUUUAUACACUGAUGAUUUGUUAUAGCUAUUCGAGUUCAUCACAUAGGACAAUACAACACAGAGGGCAGCUUAUGCUAUAAAUGUAAUGAUGAUUUAUGUCUGUCAAGAUAUUUUAUCAAAAUGGCCCGCUGUGCUCUUAUAUCUUUUAGUUUAUCAAAACUGUGCUCUGUGGAGAGGCAUGAAUUAUAUAGAUUAAUGUUGGACUUUGUGACUCUUUAAAGGGCAACAUUGACAUCUUGGAAUCAAUAAGGGGAAUUUCAACCUACAGUAUAUAAAGACUUUUUUUAAUCACUUAAUUGACAAAUGUUUCUUGAUUUAUUAAAAUUUAGUGUUUCAUCA